AUGGAAAUAGAUGAUGACCCCGACCCGGAAAUGCAAACAGGAACCCCGGGCCACCCUAUCAGCAUAUCUAGUGGGUCUCCGUUUCAGGGAUCCCCAUACCAUGGGCCCGACUCGUUCCAGGAGAAAAUGGCUACAUAUGAUUGGUUCUUUACGCCAUCUUACCAUAGCUCUCCAGCCCAACCACCUUUGGAAGAUCCUCAACUUCAAGCUGUCUCACCACCACCACUCCCGGUAGAGGAGCCACCGCAGCAGCCACCGCAGCCACCUCCCGAGCCUACGAGGCGAAGGAGGAACGCACGCAUGUCCGUAAGAGGAGGACCCCGUUUCAGUUCUCCUCAUGGUUUGAGUUCCUAUCCCCCUAUUCCAGAGGACCCCCAGAUGGGUGGGCCCUCAAACGCGACACCGGAGGCUAAUCCUCCGCAAGCUUCUUAUGCACCACCUGAGCCGCCUGUGGGUUUUGAUAACCCAAUCCCGACGUACCCAGGUCCUUCCGGGUACAAUCCUUAUGAGAACCCAUCGAGGUACCCCUCGGACUAUAUAUCUCAAGACCCGUACCUUACGGCUGCGCAGUAUCACCACCUCUAUCCUUCUACUUACCCUUCUAUGCAUCCAACUGGAUACCCGGGUUAG